CUCCAAUAGAGUCACUUUUUUGUAUGGUUGACCCAGUUAGGACCCAGAGAUGGCCACUGUACUCAGUAGAUUUAAAUCAGAUGGAUUUCUUUUUUGGGUCUAUUUUUAGGCAAGGGUCAAUGCUUAUUAACCCAAGGAUUUGUGGAGAUUAUGAGAGAUUAAGAGUAUUUUAUUGA